AUGUUGGUUGUAAGACUCACCCAGCUGUUUGAUUCCAUCAAGCAGACUCUGUUCAUUAUCGGCACAGGUCUGGUCAUCUUUCUGUGCCUCAGGAACUCUUUAAUAUGGCACAUGCAACAGUUCUGGGGAGCAUCCGGGGAUUUCUGGCAGCGGCAGUGGGAAAAUAUGUUUGCCUUCUUUGGACACAGUGAAAUACUUCUAUUCAUUUUUGGAUCGUUCAUCUACACAACAGUGAUUUUCUGGUCAGCAAAUUUUGUCUUUAUCCUGCUGGACAUGACGGGAUGGCCAUCCUUUCUGGUCAAGUAUAAAAUUCAGACAGACAAAAACUGCCCGCUGAAGAUGUCAGAUUUGAAACGAGCCAUCAAGACUGCAUUGUUUAACCAAACUGUGGUGGGCUUGCCCUUCACGGUCCUUCUCUACUUGCUGAUGCGAUGGAGGGGCUGCUCUGGGUCUCCAGUAGACCUGCCAACCUUCCACUGGGCUGUUGUUGAGAUGAUUGUCUUCACUCUCAUUGAGGAAAUUUGUUUCUAUUAUUCUCACAGGCUGUUCCACCACCCAAAGAUCUACAAGUACGUUCACAAGAUGCACCAUGAGUGGACUGCUCCCAUCGGGAUUGUUUCCAUCUACGCGCACCCUGUGGAGCACAUGAUCAGCAACAUGCUGCCUCCAGCUCUUGGGCCUCUACUCUUGGGCUCUCAUCUGGCCACUGCUUGGAUGUUUUGGGCGUUGGCCCUCUUGUCCACAACCAUUGCCCACUGUGGGUAUCACUUGCCGCUGCUGCCUUCACCAGAGGCCCACGAUUAUCAUCAUCUGAAGUUUAACCAGAACUAUGGUGUUCUCGGGGUCCUUGAUCGACUUCACGGAACUGAUGCACAGUUCCGCCAAUCUCUGAGUUUCCAGCGACAUUUUUUGUUGCUGUCAACUGUUCCAGUAUCACAACAAGUGCCAGAGGUGGCCAAGAAGAAGUCGUAG